UAUUUUCUCAGUGGGCUUCCUGGAGUUAUGCUCACUGAGAGACCCAGGAUUGGGCCUAAGGGUCCGUUGUCAAAGGAUUUAUGGGCAUUAGCCUUCGGGAUACGCUCGGUCUUUCUGCCGCGCGUCUCCUGUGAGCCUUGUCUGCCCCGCUCCUGGCCACCUCCAACCGGGUCACUGCCUCGAGGACCCCUGGCGCGCGCACGCUCGCUGCUCGCGUGUGUACACGAUUACCUUGCAGCCUGGAAUACGAGAAUUACCAACGUAUAUAAUUAGUCUCCAGAGGCAUCCUGUGCUCUGUUUGCAGAAAGAGAAAGCAUGUCUGCUUUGGAGCCAGGGACGAGAAUCUCCACGUCGCUGUGGCUAUGCAGGUCCCUGGAUUUCUGCACGCUGGGUGACAUGGGGGAAGAAAGAAGAGCUACUGAGUUACAGAAAAAUACGAUACAGGACCCAUUGACCUUUGACGAUUUGGCUGUGGACUUUAGCCCAGAGGAGUGGGCUCUGUUGGAUCUUGCUCAAAGAAAACUCUACAGAGAUGUGAUGCUGGAAACCUUCCGGAACCUGGCUUCCAUAGGUUUUGAGUUUCUACUUAAAAGUAAUGAUUCAGUUGUUCUGCCUGAUAAUAAUUUUGAAAAAGUAUCUAAUAAACAAAAAGUCAUAAGAUUCAACAGAAAUGGUUCCUGGUCUUCCAUUUUACAUGAAAACUGGGAACACUAUGGUACUAAUGAGAGGAACAAAAGCUAUGAGAAACAUCUGAGUGACAUCAUGGAGAACAUCUAUGAAUGUAAAGACGAAAAUCAAAGUGAGCAAAUUCCAAAUCUUCCUGUGCUCAACAGAACCAUUGAAGUAAAAUCUUAUGAAUGUCAUGAGUGUAGAAAGGCUUUCCCGUGUCAUUCAUCCCUUAAGAGUCACAUCAGAUCUCAUACUGGAAGCAAACCAUACCAGUGUCAGGAAUGUGGGAAAGCUUUCCAUUUUCUUGCUUAUUUUAAGAAGCACAUGAAGACUCCCACUGAUGAAAAGCCUUAUGAAUGUAAGGAGUGUACCAAGGUCUUCAGUUGUUCCUCAUUCUUUAGGGCACAUAUGAAGAUUCACAGUGGAAAAGUAAACUACGAAUGUAAUGAAUGUGGUAAAAGUUUCAGUACUUCUUCAUACCUCACAGAACAUAAAAGAAUUCACAGUGGAGAUAAGCCUUGUGAAUGUGAUGAAUGUGGGAAGGCCUUUAGUUGUCCUUCAUCACUCUCCCAGCACAAAAGAAUUCACAGUGGGGAUAAGCCAUAUGAAUGCAAGGAAUGUGGGAAGGCCUUUAGUUCUUCCUCUCACCUUAUAACACAUAUCAGAAUUCACACAGGAGAGAAGCCUUAUGAAUGUAAAGAGUGUGGAAAGGCUUUUAGCGAAUCAUCAAAACUUAGUCGACAUAUGAGAGCACAUACUGGAGAGAAACCUUACAAAUGUAAGGAAUGUGGGAAAACCUACAAUUGCCCCUCCUCCUUGAGUAUCCAUAUGAGAAAACACACUGGAGAAAAGCCCUAUGAAUGUCUGGGAUGUGGGAAAGCCUUCUAUCUUCCUACUUCCCUAUAUACACAUGUGAAAAAUCAGAGCAGAGAGAAACCGUAUGAGUGUAAGGAAUGUGGGAAAGCCUUCAGUUGUCCCUCGUCAUUUAAAGCACAUGUGAGAGAUCAUGCCCGAGAAAUACAAUACGAGUGUAAGGAGUGUGGGAAGGUCUUCAGUCGUUCCUCAUCCCUCACCGAACACUUAAGAACUCACAGUGGAGAGAAGCCUUAUCAGUGUAAGGAAUGUGGGAAAGCAUUUAUUAGCUCUUCCCAGCUUACAGUUCACAGGAGAACUCACACUGGAGAGAAACCUUAUGAGUGUAAGAAGUGUGAGAAAUCAUUUAUGUAUUUCUCAGCCUUCAGCUUCCACAUGAGAAUGCACACUGGGGAAAAACCGUAUGAAUGCAAGGAAUGUGGAAAGGCAUUUCGUCAUUCUUCAUACCUAACCAUCCAUGCAAGAAUGCACACUGGAGAAAAACCCUUUGAAUGUGUGGAAUGUGGAAAAGCCUUCAGUUGUCCUUCUUCUUUUCAAAGACACAUGAGAAGUCACAUGGGAGAGAAACCAUAUGAAUGUAAGGAAUGUGGGAAAGCUUUUAUGUGUGCAGCCUAUCUUCGAAGACAUGUGAAAAUCCACACCAGAGGAAAACCAUGAAGAUCAGGAAUAUAGGAAUGCUGCAAGACUCAUUGUAGGCAGCUUGUUAAAUCAUAUAUAUGAAGAGACCAUAUUCUUGUGAGAAAGUAGGAUAUUGCAUAUCCUUUUGAAGACUAGAGCAUACCUGAGAGAAACCUUUUAUAUGAAAACCAUGUAGUAAACACUCCCUUCUCUUAUUGUUUACCAGAAAAUUCAUAGUAGAAAGGAUCUGAAUCUUAUCUUUGACAAUAAACUGAAUACUCACUGCGUUCCAGUAUUUUCUAAUAGGAAGGUGAUACAUUUACUUUACUAGCUCUAGCCACAUGCUUUGUUUGAGAUACUUUUUUUUUUUGAGACAGGGUCUUACUUUGUAACUUAGGCUGGCCCUGAUCCUUCUGCCUCAGCCUCCCAAAUUCUGGGAUUAUAGGCCUGCACAACCACAAUCUGCCCAUGAGGUACAGUUUUUAAGUUUCUUAUUGGUAUAUAAAAUAACACAAUACAUAAGAAACAGUCAUUGUGAGGAAUUACUACAUGUAUAUACCUCAUCUUUAUCCUUUUUACUUCUUCUUUCCCUCCUCCUCCAGUCUCCCUCACCUCUAGACCCCCUUCCUAUCUCCAUAAAAUCUACUUCUGUUUCCUAUCAUCUUUAUUUUGUGCUUUAAAUUAUUUAUACUUAGAUUUUUAUGUAAGAAUCCAUAUGAUAUUUAAUCUUUUUAAUAAAAUUUAUUUCACUUAGCA